CCUUCAUGUUGGGUGUUCCAGCUCUGCUGCUGACCACUCUGGAGGAGCUCACUGAAGAACAACUGAAGACAUUUCAGUCUCACCUGACUAGUAGCCAGCUGCCUGACUGUCCUCCCAUCCCAGAGAGUCAGCUGGAGAACACUGACAGACAGGUCACAGUGGAUCAGAUGGUGAAGAGAUACGACCCUGAGAGAGCUGUGAAGAUCACACUUAUGACCCUGAAGUGGAUGAAUCGAGUAGACCUAGCAGAGAAGUUAGAGAGAGAUCACACUAGAGAUUCCAGGCCUGUCUGCUCCCAAGCCCUCUAUCCACCCAGUGUUGUCAUGGAGAAGCCUUACAGGUUCCUUCCCUACUCAGUACAGCACAACUUACAGAGACCCCAAAUAUUGUCUGUUCCCGCUCUGCUGCUGACCACUCUGGAGGAGCUCACUGAAGAACAGCUGAAGACAUUUCAGUCUAACCUGACUAGGGGCAAGCUUCCUGACUGUCCUCCAAUCCCAGAGAGACAGCUGGAGAACACUGACAGACAGGUCACAGUGGAUCAGAUGGUGAAGAGAUACGACCAUGAGGGAGCUGUGAGGAACACAGUGAGGAUCCUGAGGAGGAUGAAGCGGGUAGACCUAGCAGAGAAGUUAGAGAGAGAUCCCACUAGAGUAUCUAUCACAGCAACAACAUGGUAGAGAGACUCAUCAGACACUGGCAAUGAUGAAAAGAGAGGGAAGAAACAGGUCCGUCUGGCUACAAGUUCUAGAGUCUGGGACAGAGAGGCAGCAGGCAGCAAAGACACUGGAAUCACAAAGGACAAAUAUGAACUGGUCACGAAACCUACAGAGAAGAAAAGAGAAGCUCUGCUGCUGGCCACUCUGGCGGAGCUGAGCACAGACGAGCUGAAAAUAUUUCAGAAGGAACUKACUCCAAGCAAACAGCUUCCACCUUACCUGACUGGCUUUCCUCCCAUCCCAGRAACUCAGCUGGAAAACGCUGACAGACAGGUCACAGCGGAUCAGAUGGUGAAGAGAUACGGCCCUGAGGGAGCUGUGGAGAUCACACAGAGGAUCCUGAGGAGGAUGAACCAGGAAGAUCUGGCAGAGAAGUUCGAGAGAUAUCACAG